UUCCCUCUGCUGCAUUUUGGAGCCCAAAGGAGCUUUUUUUUCCACUGCAGGAUUUGCAUAGAGUGAUGUCAAAGGGGUGUGUCAGUCAGGAUUACAAGCUGAGAAGAUUGAGUAAUCACUAUGGAUACAGCUUUUAUAGUUUUCCAUUUGUUGGUCUUGUGCGGUGGUAGUGCUAUGCAGUUUCCAGGACCUCACUUUUUAGUGCCAUGCCUGUUUUGUUUUCCUUAGGAUCUCAUUUUCUCACUUGAUUUUGCAAGCAAGAGGCACUUUGGAAGUAAACUUUAUAAUGGACACUGGACACUGGAGAAAAUAUACAACUUUAUUGUUUUGUUUUCUGGUGUUUAAUACUACAUCAUCUCAUGAACCUUCAUCUGAAUCUGGAAAUUCAGUGAAUGUGACUAGUGAGAGACAGUUCGUAGAUAUGGUCUCAGGGCAGCGUUCGCUCUCCUCCUGGAAUUAUACAUCUUUUGAUGCUGCGCCCGAGCAUGGCACAGUCAGUUUACACUCCCGUAACAGAUGGCGAACACAGAUGGCUUUCUCCAAAACUGUUUAUUCAUUUGAAGUGAAAGAAGACACACUACCAGGAACAGUUGUGGGAAAAGUGGAAACAGUGUUUGAGGCUCUCACGCCUAUCACAUACUCAGUGCAGGAGGAUGACGGAGAGAACCUGUUUCUCCUCAGCCCCUUCUCAGGGGAGUUCCUAUUAUCCCGCAGACUGGAUUUCGAAGCACAAAGAUUCUACAUUCUCACUGUGGUGGUGCAGCAGGGGGACUCACAGGUAUCCAGUGUCAGGGUGUACUUCAAUGUGUUGGAUGUGAAUGACAACCCCCCUGUUUUCAGUCAGGAGAGCUUUUCUGCGUCAUUGCUGGAAGACUUAUGGGUCGGCACCUGCUUCCUGUCCUUGAAUGUGUCAGAUAAAGAUGAGGGUGAUAAUGGAGACUUUAAACUGAGAGUGGUGGCUGGAGAUGAAGAGGAUGUGUUCUUCAUAAACACAGCUGGUAGUUUAUGUCUUAACAAAGAGUUGGACAGAGAGAAAAAACCCUUCUACAAUCUGACUGUGACUGCCAAUGACCAGCCUGCAUCUUUACAGUUCACCAGCACCGCACAUGUUAUUGUGGUGGUUGAUGAUGUCAAUGACAAUGCUCCAUUGUUUGUGUCAGCCCAGACAGUCAGUAUACCAGAGGACACCGCACUGCAUUCUGUUAUAAUGACUGUACAUGCUGAGGAUGAAGACGUUGGCUCGAACGGGGAUGUUUUAUAUUAUUUCAACACUUCUGGUGGCAUGUUUAGCAUGGAUAACAGAAGUGGAGAAAUAUACCUGGAGGACGCAUUGGACAGAGAAGAGGUAGACACCCUGACUAUUACUGUUACAGCCAGUGAUAAAGGCUCUCCCAGGAUGGAAACCAUUAUGAAUAUCACGCUGCAUGUUCAAGAUGUAAAUGACCACGACCCCGUGUUCUCUCAAAGCACCUACAGCUUCACAAUCAGAGAGGAUAUCCCCAGAGGAACAAGCCUGUUUCAGGUUCAGGCUCUUGAUCGAGACAUCGGGACAAAUGGACAAGUACGGUACAUAUUGAAUGAAACGGGUCCGUUUGUGGUGGAUGCAGUUCGAGGAGUCAUCACAGUCAUGGACAAACUGGACAGGGAGAGGGAUUCAAACCACACUAUAACCAUAAUGGCUGUAGAUCAGGGGAACAUGCAGAGAUCUGCUACUGCUUCUGUCUGUAUCACAGUGUUGGAUGUCAAUGACUUUGCACCCCUCUUUACUCCACAAACACUGGCCAUACAUGUAAUGGAGAAUGAGGACGACCCCUCUCAGCUAACAUAUCAGGUCUCAGCUUUGGAUGAAGAUGUAGGUGUCAACAGCCAGCUUACCUAUUUUAUACAAGCAAAUAGUGAUGGUUUGUUCUCCAUAACUCCCAGUGGCACAUUCCAAAUUUUACACAUCCUGGACAGAGAGAGGGAAUCAUUUUACUACGUUACCAUCAUUGCUGUUGAUUCAGGAUUGCCCCCUCUAACAGGAACCCUAACCAUACACGUCAUAGUGGAUGAUGUCAACGAUAACGGCCCAGAGUUUACUGAGGAAGUCUACAACACCAUAGUGUCGGAGGACAGUCCUACGGGCACUGUGUUUGCCAUGAUAACUGCAUCAGACAUGGAUGAAGGCGUCAAUGGGGAAAUAAGGUAUUCCAUUGAGAACCUUGAUGUGCCUUUUGCCAUUGAGGAAACAUCUGGAGAGUUGUUUACAACUGAUGUCCUGGACAGGGAGACAGUAGCCAUUUACAGGUUGAUGGUGAUUGGCAGUGAUGAGCACCCUACGCGUCCUCUUUCAAGCUCAGUGGUUGUUACUGUUCUCAUUGGAGAUAUUAACGACCACUGGCCUGAGUUUAUGAACAGCCCAUAUGUGGCAUAUGUUCCCACUGAGAUGGUGCCAGGCUCAAUUGUUUGUGCAGUGAGAGCGACAGAUGGAGACACUGAGAUGAACGCAGAGCUACAUUAUUCUUUGUAUGGACAAAGUUCAGAUCUGUUUUCCAUCCAUCCAUCCAUUGGCACUGUAUAUUCUUCAAGUGCUCUUUGGGGAAUGGAAGAUAUGGUUGUCAAUGUACAUGUGGAAGAUGCUGGAGAGAAUCCUAAAUUUGACACCACUACCAUCAGCAUCAGGUUUCAGAACAUCUCCGACUUUCCAGAGAUGUUUGUGUAUGUUCUGAGUGAUUCACUCUCUGAGGACGAGCCAGUUGGAACAUAUCUGGGAGUUGUGGUUGCAGCUAGCAUGAGAGCUGAACCUGUUUCUUUCUAUCUAGCUUCUGGAAACUUUGAAGGCAUGUUUCAUGUGGAGCAACUGAGUGGAGUGUUGACAGUGGAGAACCCUCUGGAUUAUGAGAACAAAAAGGAGUUUACUUUGUUGAUAGAAGCCAGGGACUCUGGCUCCCCUCCUUUCUCAUCAUUUGCAGAAAUUCACAUAAACAUCACUGAUGUAAAUGAUAACUUCCCUCACUUCACCCAAGCUGAGUACAGGUGUGAGGUUUUUGAGAACUCCCCGCCAUCUUGGGUUUGUGAUGUUCUUGCCAUUGAUGCAGAUUCAGGCGGCUACGGCAUAGUGCAGUACAAUAUAACAGGGGGAAACACUGAUGGUUUUUUCACCAUUGACCCUGAAAAUGGUUUGUUGAGCACCACUGCAAGUUUAGACAGAGAAACUACUGCUGAAUUCAAUCUUACAGUCGAAGCUGCAGAGCUAAACAGCCCUCUUCAUAAAGACACAGCAACCAUUAUUGUUGCUGUUUUAGACAGAAACGACAACGCACCUCGUUUUUCACAGAUUGUUGUCACAGAGGUACCUGAGGAUUCCCCAAUUGGACACACCAUUAUACAAAUCACCUCAAACGAUGAUGAUACGGGUGCCAAUGCAGUGAUUAACUACUCCAUAAUUGACCAAAGUGAUGAUUUGCCAUUUAAUAUUGACUUCACCUCUGGUUACAUCACAGUUGAAAGACCACUGGACAGGGAGAUGCAGGAUCGUUUUAUUUUUAAAGUAAAUGCAAAUGAUUCAGCAUGGGGCAUUAGCACUGAUGUCACUAUAAUCAUUGCAGAUGUCAAUGAUAAUGCCCCAGUAUUUUCUGAUCAUUUCUACAGCCUUGCUCUUGCUGAAACCAAAGACGAAGAAGUGUUUGUUAUUCAGGUUGUUGCUACAGAUGCAGACAUGGGGCAAAACAGUGAGAUCUUGUAUGUUAUUGAACCUCCAGAUGAGCAGUUUUGGCCUUUGAUUGCUAUCCCGUACCACAUGGCUGUUGGUACUCAGGUGGUCCACUUCACAGCAAUAGAUCAGGAUGUCAGUAACAGCAGCCUUGGCAUUGAAUAUGCUCUGAAUGGAGGCAAUGCAUCUGAUUUCUUCUGGAUCCAAGCAGACAAUGGAAAAGUUACAUUAAAUCAAAGUUUGGUGGAGAGUGAGAAGCAUCUGGGAUGCUAA